UUGUCGUAAACAAUGAUAGUUCCGGGUUUCUAUUUACAUAUGUGAAAAUGGCUCAUUUCGGUAAAGAUAUUGAUAACAUUACAUCCACCAGCUCUAUUCAGAUCAAAGGAACAGAGACAAACGAUGCCGUCACGAUCUACAUUAUACAAGUCAAUGUAGGGCCUUACUCAUGGACUGUGAAACAUAGAUACAGCGACUUUCAUGAUUUGCAUGAAAAGCUGUGCUCAGGCAGCAGACUGGACAAGAAUCUUCUUCCGCCUAAGAAGUUGUUUGGAAACCAGUCGGAAACCUUCAUUCGGAAGAGGCAGCACGAUCUGGAGGUGUACCUGCAAACCGUUCUGCAUUUCGUCUCUCACAAGAUGCCCAGCUGUUUUGCCUCAUUUCUCGAGUUUGAAAAUUAUGAAAUACAUGGAAUCACCCAGCGGAUGGCAGAAGAAUUGUACAAUAAAGGUUUUGUGAUAAAUAAAGGGGACAGUCUGCUCGAGAAUCGAGAGCCUUACUGUACCACUCCACUACACCUGUAUUCUCUCACAGAACGGCUGAAACUCCCAGAGCCAACUUGCGAGAGUGGAGAUGUAAAGCGCGACCUGGGUCACAUUUUGGACUUCAUCACGAGGUUGAAAUGCUUACAGGUCGUGGGUGAGAAGAAAGUGGGCACCAGCAAUAUUGAUAUGAACUCACUGCAGUUUGAUCUGUCUUUGUUCAAGUCGUUACAGUUCCUAAAGCUGUCUUUGUGCAAUAUUGGCCUUGUGGGUGGACUUGAGAUCGUGAAGCAGACGUUACGCAGACUUACUGUCAGAGAAUCCAUUGAAUCAAUCAGAGAAGUGCUGUUACAAGAUCUGCCCCACUGGCGUGCUGAUGAUGGGACCUUGCUGGUUACCCACUGGGGUGGGGUUACUCAUGUAGACUUCAGUCACAACUCUAUCACGCAGAUAGACGACAGCAUGCAACUGUUGCCACGGGUGGUACACCUGGAGAUGAGUCACAAUGAGAUCGGGUGUAUAGAGAAUCUCCACUGGUUGAGUCACCUGGUGCACCUCGAUGUUUCGUACAACAACAUCGAGCAUCUUGACGCCCUUCACUCGAGGCUUGGAAAUCUGAAAACACUCAACCUGGCUGGGAAUAGACUGGUUUCUUUGAAUGGCCUCUCAAAGAUGUUUUCUCUGGACCAUUUAGAUCUCAGUUACAACAGAGUGCAGUCUGUAGAUGAAAUUAAACCUAUUGGCAACCUGCCCUGCCUGGAGGUGCUUCUGUUGCUAGGUAACCCAGUCACAUUGACCUUGGACUACAGAACCAAGACCUUGACUUUGUUUGGUGAAAGAGUUAAAGAGAUCGAACUGGACAAGCUGUCAGCCAAUCAGAAGGAACUGGACACCGUUGCAGUCAUGCAGGCCAUCCAGAAAUCAAAGGACAAGGCAAGGGAUAUCAGACUGAAGAAGGAAAGUAGUAGUGCCUCACUUUUCGAGUCACAAUCGCCCAUGGCAACGAGUCUUGGCAACCACCUUAGCAACAGCAGCCUGGCUCACCUUGCCGGCAACAUGUCGCUACCACAACACCCCAGCAACUCUAGUCUCACUCUUAUGGAUGUCAACAACCUCGGCAGCCAGCUGGCUAGCAGAGGCCUUGACCCUGGUGAUCUGAACUCUGCGCCUAGCGACCGUAAACAUGGCAACUCAGAAACAGGUAAUGAAGUAAGACAGACCACGCCCCUCCUACAGAAAUAUAACCUAUUUUCCCGCCAUUCACAGCCAGCAUUGAGAGGUGCAAAGCAUGUUUCUGGAGGGACCGAGAGUCAAAGCUCUUCUACACAGGAGGAACAUGAAUCUUCAUAUCAAGGUCUACACAGGAGGUCAUCAAGUAGUUCGGAUCACACUUCAUCAUCAAAUGGUUACCCACCCUCCCAGCAAAGCUGUAUUGACAUUUCUUCUCUCCCCACCCACCAUAAUCACAGCUUCUAUGCCGCAAUUCACGAACGUCUUUUUGGCAUAUCUGAUUCUGACGAUUGUUCAGUGGUUGAAGUUAUUAAAUAUAUACUGUGGUGCCAGUGUAUACAGUAUAAUAACACCGACUCUGUUUUGCCGUGUUGCGUUGUUCUAACAGAGAGACGCAUAUUUGUGCUACAACUCAAAAAUGCUGAGUCACUUAUACAGGAAGUGCCUGCAUUGGAGACCUUCUAUAUUCUCCCUUUGUGCAAUAUACAACAAGUAAUGGUUGGACUAUGUUAUAGCUUUGUAAGAGUCGAAGAAUCAUUUGUUGGUUCAUCGGGAACAUUUGUAUUUAUUGUGUGGGAUUCGGAUAAAGGCAAAGAGUUUUAUGAGGAACUAAAAAUGUGUACAGAAAGUCCAUUAAAUGGCAGUGGUGAACUAGAUGUGAUAGAUGGUUACCAGGACUGUGAUAUCUCGAAGCAGUUGUUUGAAGUGGAAGAUGCUGCCGGGGAAUGCACAGGCAGGAUAGCCUAUGCUUCUUACGUGACAGUAACAGACACUGGGUGUCAUGGGUAUUUAGUGAUGUCAGAAAAUCAUGUUUACAUUUUCAAAACAUGCAUCUACUUUUCACCAAAACCAACGUUUGACGCAUCAGCAUUAAGCCAAGCAAAAAGCAAAUUUGAAAUAUUUGAAAAAUUCAGUGUUGGAGCGGAGAUAAGUGAAAUAGUAAUGAGGAAAAAACACGAACUCAGGCGAGAAGUACAUGAAUUACCUCCCUUAUCACCGUUGUCGGGUAUUCAGUAUCUGGAACAUGAAUUGUCCAUGGUGUUUCAUGAGUUGCUCGGAUUUCACAGAUUUCACUACACAUUCCUGUCAAGUCGCGCCAGAGACACAUUCCUCGAUGGAUUGACAAAACUUCGAUCGGAGCAUGCCCAUCAGAUGCUGCCGUCGCCCAGGGAAGACCCAGAAGGUGGGAACGAAUCCUCAGAAAGCUCUGGGGAUGCUCUGGAUGGAAAGAGGGACAGGUCCGGAUCCCAGGACACAAAUGGAGAUGAUGAUGAUGGUAAUGCAGGCAAUAGUGCAAUGACUUACGAAUCUGGUGUUACCCAUGACUUUUUGAAGAGUGAACUCAAUCUGAGAAAAUUUCGCUCUAAAACUGAAGUGGUCAUUUUAAAAGACGCUUUAACUGAUGAAUUACAAGAUAUGCCAAGUUAUGCCGUGUAUUACUUGAGUCCAGAACUUACGGCACAUCUAGAAAAAUGUGUGAGGAACUGCAAUCUGUUUCAGCCACUGACUCCAAAAAUGCAGUCUCUGACGGAAAUGUCGGGAGAGAGACUGGCGCAGUUUUUCCAUAUGAACAUUGUGCCAGUUGGGGAGGAAUGCAACGAAGAACUCCAUCACAUAAUCUGGACAAAUGCCAUCAGUUUCACGAAUCCUUUAGAAGAAAUACUCACAUGCGUUAUGAUGAGCACAAAAGCGGUGUAUCUCCUCUCAGACCAACACGUGGCAUUCCAACGACAUUCUGGUCGGCCAUCUUGGAUGACUCAUGCCCGCCACGUGUCGGACACUGUCAACGGACUGCAGUCGAAGAUGGCAGAUCGACAUCACAGCUCGGGCAUUCUUCAUUCCUCGAAAACCGACUCGACCAUGAUAAAAUCUUACUGCAAUUUCAAUUUUUCUGACAUUAAGCAGAUUCAUGUUGGGUUGUUUGAUCAGUGUUUGAGACUUACUGGUGAAAGACGGGAGAAAGUGAUCACCCUGGUUACGAGAGAUUCAGAGGCAACCAGUCUUUUCUUGAAACAACUGUCGGCCAUGCUGUCUCUCUACAUAGCUUCCCCUUCCCUGGAGUCAAGCCUGAGUGAUUUCAAGCAGGAUUUCUAUAAAUCGUCUGAUAGAAGAACGAAGACCACAGUUGAAGGGAUCGAGUACACCCAUCCAAGCAAGGUGAAAUUCUGUUACCCAGGCGAGGAAUCCAUUGAGGACUUGCUAUUCCUCAUCAAUGAACAUCUACGGACUGCGUCUGUACAGUUGGUAGGCCGGGAAAAUAUUCUGCAAUACAUCGUCGGAUACAAGACUCACUCUAGUCUGGAAGAGUUCGAGCCCUUGGCCCUUGAGCCAAUCAGCUUUAUCCUCACUAACGCCUGCCUCUGUUUUGUCACGGAAGAUCUCGUGAGUUACCCGCUCCCGGAUUUCGUCCGGGGCCUUCCGAGCAUUCCCCGACAUCAUGUGAAUGACGUGAAAAAGAUCGAGUACUUGAAGUGCAUCAAGCAGAGGAGAAAGGAGCCAAGGGACAUCACUCUGAUGUUCUCGGAUGUGAAGGAAGACAUAGUGCUUGUUCCUGAUCACUACAGCUUGGAGGACUAUGAGAGAGACUCGCCACGUGAAAUUCCGGUACGAAUGUUUGUGCAGAGUGUGCGGGAGCUGAACAAGUUUCUUAUGCUAGUUACCUGUCACUGGAAAGAUACACACCCUAUGGGUGAUGAAUUUAAAGUGGUGCAAAUCUAAUCUUAUUUUUAAUUUUUAUAACAUUAAGACUUCUUCGUUUGUUUGCAUAUGUCACAGUUGCUUUAAGAUAUAAUACAUGAUCAUCUUAAAUGUAUUGUGUUCUCCUGAAUAGUAUUUUUAAGCUUGACUAUUCACCAAAUAGUCCUUGCUAUAUUCUCACCAAAAUGUCUGCAUCUGCCUAAUACUGCAGUUUAGGUAUACUUGCUACAUCUUCAUAUAACAAUUUUUGCUACAGAUAUUUGUUUAAAACUUCACACAUGUUCAUGGGGUCAUUUUCUGAGGUCACUUACCAAGUCCAAUAACUUUGACCUGCAAUGAAGCAGAAUUAUGACCCUUUUUUGUAGUUACUUAGAAAUUCUGUUAAAGUAACAGUGAAACAUAAACAUAUCAUUAUGUCUACUACACAUAUUCAAGUGAAUCUUCAUACAUGUUUUCAUGGAAAGGUCCAUGUAAAAAAGUGUUGCUGUACACUGUACACAGCUUUUAAUUAAAUUCAAGUAAAUUAUAGUAGAUGCUAGAAUAGUUAAAAACAACUUUUUUCCGGGCAUGGUCACAUUUAUUGUGUUUUUGUAUCAUCAUUGGUAUAGACAUGCAUAACAACUAUCACAGAUAUUCAACUUCAAAUGUGUGUAUAUGGUCAUGAUAUCAGUUUACCAACAGAAAAGGUACGUUAUACUAUUGAAGCAUAAUAAUAGUUUAUUGCACUGUCUUGGCACAGCUCUUGUUGUUAUUGUAAGUGUUGUUGUUUUUAUAAUGAAAUAAUGUUUAUAUGUCUUCAUUGUGGUCAGUUUAGUAAUAAGUUAAGUUUGUUACAUGUAUUUUAUUCAGAUGUUAAGAUUUUUAACAUAAAAACUUAAGGGAUCAAGCAUUAUAAUUAUAUACCCGUGCUCGAGAUCGAGCUACAAUCACAAUUGAACUCUAUAUCAGAAUUUUGUGAUAAUACUGGUAUGACAAUUAAUCAACAAAAGACUGAAAUUAUUGUUUUUAGAAAUGGAGGUCCGCUAAGAGCAUACGAACAUUGGGUCUUAAAAAAUAACCCCGUAAAUGUCACAUCUGUAUAUAAAUACAUGGGUCUUCUUUUUACACCCAAAUUAUCAUGGAGGAAAGCGAAAGAAAAACUUGCAGCUCAAGCCCGAAAAUCUAUUUUUGCUAUUAAAUCAUACCAAAGAAACUUUGGAUAUUUUUCAUACACGGAAUAUUUUAAAUUGUUUGAUUCAAUGGUUAAACCCAUACUUACAUAUGGCUCUGAGAUAUAUGGAAUAGAAUUCUCAGACAUUCUCGAAAAAGUACAAAUCGAGUGUUGUAAAUAUUUCCUUGGUGUAAAUAAAUCUGUAAAUGAUAGCAUUGUAUUAGGAGAAUGUGGUAGAUUACCUCUUUGUAUAGAACAUCAUGUAAAAUGCGUUAAAUAUUGGUGUAAAUUGAUAAGUAUGACAGAGGAUCGAUAUCCUAGAAACUGUUAUAUUAUGUUAAAGCGGCAUGACGAAAUCGGAAGAACUAAUUGGGUGACAUCUGUAAAAAAUAUUUUGUACCGUUAUGGAUUUGGUUUUGUUUGGAUAAGUCAAGAGAUAGGAAACGUGGAAUUAUUCUUAAUGUCAUUUAAACAAAGAUUGAUUGAUUGUAAUACACAGAACUGGCUUGAAGCUCUUGGAAAUUCACCAAGAUGCGAUACUUACAAACAGUUCAAAUCUAUGUUAAACCCAGAAAAGUAUUUGUUUAUCGAUAUACCAUUUUAUGUUCGAAAGUCAGUUGCUAGAUUCCGUUGUUCAAGCCAUAAAUUAGCUAUUGAAACUGGUCGACAUUUAGGAAUUUCAAGAGAAAACCGAUUAUGUACAUAUUGUUCAGUCGUUUUUAAUAAUAUGUGUAUUGAAGAUGAGUUUCAUGUAUUUUUUAAAUGUCCAAAAUUCAACCAAGAAAGGCAAAUGUAUAUCUUUUCAUGGUACAAUGGUGAACAAAAUUUCUUAAAUUUUUGCAAUCUUAUGCAAAUCUCUGAUGAAAGUAAACUUAAAAGCAUAGCCUUUUUUGUAACUGAAAUAAUGAAAAAGAAAGAUGUAGAUCAAAAUUGAUGUUCAAACUUGAUGUAUCACAACUCAAAAAAUAACAUGCUGUUACUUAUGUAUGCUGUAUUUUGGGCCGGUGGCCUUUAUUUACAAAAUAAACUUUUGUCUUGUCUUGUCUUGCUCAGCACAAAACGGUAUGCUUUACAGUGUCGACAAAGUAAAUGCUGGUACAUUUUCACGUGUUAACUAUCACGAUGACAAGUUUAUUUUGUAAAACAUUUGAUCAACUGUGUUUGUAAUUUUGUAUCACCAAUUUAUAUAUUGAUAGAAACAGACGGCAAUGACCUGCAGUGUGAAUUUGCAAGUGAUAUCUGUUUGUUUUGUAUUUGUUGCAAAGAUAUAAUAAACGUUCUAAAACUUCA